AUGACUAAACGGCGAAGAGAACGCGACAAGCCCAAAGCCGGGCCCGAAUCUCUCUACAACCCGAAUAAGCGCAUCCUGCUCAGCUAUGGUGACGACGACGAGGAAGAGAUUCAGGACGCAGUAGAGGCCGCAACUGGCGCUCCCGCAGCUGCUGCACACCUGGCGAACUAUCAGAUGGACACAUAUUCGCCUGAGCCAGUCGAGAGUGAUGCGAGGACAGGCGCUGAGGUAGUCGAGACUACUCGUCAGGCCACUGAAAGAGAGCAUUGGAACGAAACACCAACAAGCGAGGCGCGUGAAGUGGGCGAGGCCGCGACACGCCAAGUAAGGAAUGAGCAGUCCUCCAACCUGGAACUCGGUCCAGACCAACGGGAAGAUGAUGAAGAGGAGUUUGAUCUUGCGACUGGCGAUGCCUUGGUGUACAUCAAAGCGGUCAGGUGAGCUCUCCAAUGGGUUCAAGGACGACUUAUACCAUGACUACUUGAGCGACACCAUUCUAACAUGUGUCUGCAGGUCUGAAAAUCAAGGUAUCCCCGAGAUCCUUACUGCUCCCCGUCCGCCGCUCGUGGAGACCUCAACAACGGUAGAAGCCGAAGAUUCACCACACCAUGAUGAGCACAAGGCAGUGGACUUCCACGACGACGAAGCCUUCAUUGGAACACCGGAGAGACUCAAUGUCACCGAGGACGAGACAGAUCCUUGCGUCAUCUACACCCGCACUCUCAAGGCUCGUUUCCUCGAACAACGCAAACAGAUGCACCGUGCUACCUCUGCCAGAGCCCUGGCUGCACUUGGUGAUGUGUAUCCGAUCUCCUUUCCCAAAGACAACAAGGCGGCUAUCGCAGACUGGAAUCGCAUCUUAACCUCCCAGACACCCCGACCAGCUCAGGUGCGUUCCCUCGACCAAGAUACUGUAUUCGAGCUCCUCGCGUUGACCCAAAGAUACUUCAUGACCAAGCUCAAGAAUAUCAAGAACAAGACCAGCGUCUGGAUCUGGUCCCUACUUGCCCGACUGGACGAUGUUGGCACCAUGACGAAUGAUCAGGUCUUCUUACUGCGAGAGCUGGGAAAGAAGGCUCUCCUUCUGCAAUUUGCCAUUUGGGAUCCGGAGACCGCUGCUCAAUUAGAGGCAGUCGAUCAGGCAGAACGAGCAAGAGAUGUCGCAGGAGACGUUCGACCAUCGUCCAGCACGAGCGGCACUAGUCAUAUGUUCGGCGAUGACCGACGCUCGUCAACGCCACAAUCUACGUCUCAUAUCACCGACAAUACCAAAGCGACACUGGACAUGAUCUUGGCAGUCAUUGGCGAAGUGUUCGGACAGCGAGACUUGCUGGAGUACCGACAGUCGUGGACUUCCACCAACCGUCCGGCAUAA